CUUGGUAUAAAUGGCAAUUCAGAAACUUUGACCGCUCUUACACACGCGCAGCUAGAGUGAAUAGUUCGCGGAACGAUCUGUUUGUUUUACCAGUUCUUAGGAUUCCGCUCGCUAGAUUCAAGGCUAAACUAUUCUGGGAACUACUACUCGACUCAGGUAGAUGGUUUUUUACUCUUAUUGGACCCAUUAAUGAUAUUUGUAAAUAUAGAUCAACCAUAAAAAUGCGUUUGUCGUAUGUUCAUAUACUGCUGGUCCUCAGCUUGGCUGUGUUGUGGUUAAGUUUGCCUGUUUCGUCUGCUAAGUCUGAAGUUAAAGCAAGUAGCAAUGAUAAAAACAAUUUGGAAGGAAGAAGAUUUCUCAGUCUUGGAACCUUCCGACCAUUCAUGAGAGUUUUGGGAAUGAUGGGAAUACCACUUCUUCCACUUCUCUUCUUGCGCCAGCUUAUAGGUGGCGGUGCUGGUUUAGGUGGCAGUGCUCAAGGAGGUGGAGCUGGAGCAGGUAUGGGAAGUAUGGGAGCUGUUGGAAUUCUAGGACCUUUCGGAGCAGGUGCAGGUUUAGGUGGACUUGGUCCUAUUGCUGGAGGCGGAGGACUCAGACCGCUGGGUGGCCUCAGACCACUUGGAGGAUUAAGACCAGGAGGUCUUGGAGGACUCAUUGCAAACGCUGCUGCUAAUGCUGCUCAAAAUGGUGCAUCAGGUGGAGGUGGAAAUGGUGCAUUGUUUCUGAAAAAGCGAUCAACAGAGCAGGGUAAUAACAACAGCCGACUUUCUACAUUUAUGGGUGCCUUAGCUAAGUUGGAAAAGGUUGUUGACCAAUAUGACCUUAGCGUUCCAGAUUGCCAGCGUUUGAUAGUAUGUGAGGUUCAUCGUAAGAGCAUCAAUCCCAGUUUCGGCUCUUUUACAGAGAAGCUAAUCCAAGCAUUUGGGGUUGAAGCUCGCCUUGAAAGAUCAAGAUUUACAUCUAACACGAAAUCUGUCUUAAAAGAUUUCCUGAAAGCAGCUCGAAAUGGAUUGCAGCACAGAGAUUGUUCAGCUAUCUACUACAAAUGUCCUGUAGCAGUAACGGAAACCAGAGAACAAAAAGUAAAAAAACAUAAUGGGCCACAGUAACUUCAAAAAUGAUACAGAUCUGUAAUGGUGCGGAGUUUCCACUUUUGCACUUUUUGAAGAUAUCGUUUUAUUAGUCACAACAGUUGACUAUGAAACUCUAAAUGAGCAUAAAAAAGUGAGCAACUGUUAGCCAUGAAUUUGCUUACGGGGAUUGUAUUCGAGAGAAUUAUUUCACACCUUAGUAUUAUUAUAAUUGUGAAUUGGUGGAAUAGUUCAACUUUGUUAUAUUUAUUGAACAUACACAUUAAGAAGGCUUCAUUUUUCAAAUCAGCUCUUCAAAUCAUGGGGAUUUACAUAAAAAGAGUUUAUUUGUAUUUUUAUUUGAAUGUUAUAAAUUAGCAUAGUUUAUAUCACACGUUAUGUUACGUUAUCAGUGAUAUAAUCCAUUUUUGUGCUGACUCUAAUUUAAUAUGGUUAUAACAAAAAAAGAAAGGGAGAAAUUAAUCCUAAAAGAAAUGAAGAGUUUGCAGCUGUAUCAAAGUAAAUAAGCUUAAAAUAGUUUUUAAAAAUUUUAGGCAAUUAUUGGUAAUUCAAUUGGCUUUAAUUUUUAUUGAGCAAUGGUAAUUCUAUUUUGAUUUUUGAAAUAUUACAUCCAAGUAGUGACUCGAUUUUUAAUCUCUGGCGUUUGUUUCCUUUAUUUAAAUAAAAUGACAACUCUUUCUGUUUCAAAUUAAAAUUUUAAUAAAAUGAAAUUUCAAACAAAAUCAUUUAAGAAAAAAAAUAGAUUUUUUUUUUUUAACGCUUUAGCUAAUAUUAGUCUGAGGAUUGAAAUUUUGUGUUUCAAAAAAAAUUUUGCCACUCAUAAAAUGGUUUUGGUUGGAAUUUAACAAAAAUUUUCCAUCUGACAUAAAGAUAUGCGUUAUUUAUUGAAUUCAAAUCUUUUGUGCCUUAUUUUUCCAUUGAAUACCUUUGUAUUUUAUUAUCCUGUAUCUCCAUCAUUUUUAUAUGUUAAAUUGAGAGUUUAUAAUUUAUACUUUAUUCUGUUACAUUUAAAGAGUAUAAAUUUUAAAUGUCUCUUUUUUUUGUAUUC